AUGGCUACCGCAUCAUUUCCCCGCAUCAAGACGAUCCGCACUUUCGUGAUCGAUGGCGUUGGAUCCGGUGGUGACUACCACAACGUCAAAGGUGGCCACUGGUUAAUCGACAGCGACAUUUCCACCCCCAUGACUCGAUGGGCGCAAUACCGGGGCUCGCGAACAUCCUGGGGUAUCAACGUGCUGGGAUCCUUCUGCGUGGAGAUUGAAGCUACCGACGGGACCAAGGGCUUUGCCACUGGCUUUGGUGGCCCUCCUGCUUGCUGGCUGGCACACCAGCACUUCGAGCGGUUCCUGAUUGGCGCAGACCCCCGCGACGUCAACGAGCUUUUUGAGAAGAUGUACCGCGCCUCCAUGUUCUAUGGACGCAAGGGUCUUCCCAUCGCUGUCAUCUCCGUCAUCGACCUCGCCCUCUGGGACCUCGUCGGCAAGAUCCGCAACGAGCCCGUCUACAAACUCAUCGGCGGCGCCACUCGCUCGCGCCUCGACUUCUACUGCACAGGUCCCCAGCCAGCCUCCGCGAAGAAGGCCGGCUUCGUCGGUGCCAAGGUCGCCCUCCCCCACGGGCCCGACGAGGGUGUCGAAGGCCUGCUCAAGAACGUCGAGUACCUUCGCAAACAGCGCGAAGCCGUCGGCCCCAACUUCCCCCUCCGCGUCGACUGCUACAUGUCCCUGAACGUCCCCUACACCAUCGAGCUCGUCAAGCGCGCCGAGCAGGAGGGCCUCCACAUCGACUGGUGGGAGGAGUGCCUUAGCCCCGACGACUUCGACGGCCAGGCGCUCCUGAAGCGUGCACACCCAACCGUCAAGUUCACAACCGGCGAGCACGAGUACUCCCGCUUCGGCUUCCGCAAGCUCGUCGAGGGCCGCAACGUCGACAUCAUCCAGCCCGACGUCAUGUGGCUUGGUGGACUGACAGAACUGCUUAAGGUCUCUGCCCUAGCAGCAGCCUAUGACCUUCCUGUCGUUCCUCACGCCUCGGGCCCCUACUCCUACCAUUUCGUCGUCUCACAGCCCAACACACCCUUCCAGGAAUACCUCGCCAACUCGGCGGACGGACACACCGUCGAGCCCGUGUUCGGCAACCUGUUCACUAACGAGCCCAUCCCUGUGAAUGGCUACCUGGACGUCUCGAUUCUCGAUAAGCCUGGCUUCGGUCUCGAACUUAAUCCCUCUGCGCCCCUGAUUCCUGCCGCCUCGAUCCUGAACCCCGCACCCGCUCGAAGCCUCCCUGCCCCCGGUACAGAGGAGAAGCCUGCGACAAAUGGCAACCAUUAA